GUUAUUGCAAGCAUUCUCAUUGGUCGCUGAAAGAGGAAGCAAGGGAGACUGAAGGUAUAUAAGAACACCUGGGUUGUCUGGCUAACUGUCUGUUGCUCGCAUCUGAAGGUUUCAGGAGGAGUUAAAAAAAAUACAGCCUACUUCGCUAACAUUGAAGAAUAUACAACGAAAAAUGAGGACAAAAAUGCUUCAUGUUAGUUUGGUGAUUUUUGGGUUCAUACAGUUUUCAGAAAGUUUUCAGUCGUCGCGCCAGGACAGCAUUGUGACUGCAAACGGAACUUAUAAACUGGACAUAAAAGAAUUUGAUACAGAGGAAGACAUAGAGGUUAUGGACUCAAAUGGAACUCGUGUUAUAGAAGUUGACAUUUUUACAAAGGGAUAUGUGGUGGACAAACCCGAAAAUGAUACAACUUGUUACCUCUCCGAGGAUGUGAAGUCGGACCAGGACGAUUUCUGCUAUACGUAUGUAGAUAUGCCGAAGAAAAACCUGACGGAUGACAUCUUAAAGAAAUGUGAGGGUCGUGAUAUUGUCCUGCUAAUUUCUAAAGCUGAUGGUUGCGAAAAAGGAGAGGAAAAUGAAUCUACCACAGCGCCUGCCAGAGAAAGUGAUGAAGGAAACAAGAGAGUCAAACGUGCAAUCUGUGUCCGCACCUAUUACUGGACCGUUAGACGUGUCUACGUCCGGUACUGCUGCAGGAGGUUAUUUGGAGUUUGUGUUCGUUCCUGCUAUUAUUAUCAGUUACGUUAUGUACGUUUCACAAUUAGACGGUGCUUUUGAUAAUGUGGAGACAGUGACGUUUAGCCGUUGCAAUCAUUUCCUGUCCCCAUUUUGAUUUUGAACUCAAACCAGACUUUCAUAACAAAACAUGUUUUAACUGUACAGGACUAAAAGUUUAUUUAUAAUCAAAAGUUAAGAUUAGACAAGUUUUCAAAACGUAAUUCAUUUAACAGAAAGAUAAAUUUGAACUUUUACUUUUUUCAAAGGGAAAUAUCUUAUCAUAACUUGAUUUGCAAAUGGUAAACAUGAUACAUUUCAGAACACUGUUUUGUUUAUAUAUCUCCAAUGACUAUCUUACUUUGUAUGUUCACUCUGUGUGUGCGUGUGCUGAAAUAUUUUUCUUUUAUUAUUACUGAGGAAUCUUUUUUCUUUUUUUUUUUUUUGCCAAUAUCGACAUUUCAGCUUUCAAAUAAAUUUUAGAAAAUUUAUUAUUCGUGUCUUAUGUUUUAUUGCAAAUAAGAUCAAUUUUUGUAAAAGAAUUUAUUUAUUUCAAAUGUUUUCACUUUUCCUUUUAAAAUACAAACUAAAAAACAAGGAAAAACUUCCUGACCGGAAAAUGUGUAAGCAAAUGUGUUACAAACGGGAAUAAACUCAUUUUUCUCAGAAAAAGACGCUAAAGCGUUAACAGUCAUGAACAUAAACAGUUUUCUUUUGUUCCAAGUUGAGAACGAAUUCUUGUUUUCGAUUUAUUUCGAUAAGAAGCAGUAUUUUUUCAAAUAUAACUAAACGAUAUUGGCAAACAUAGUUUUAUGUAUAUAACUACUAUAGCAUAUGUGUCCAUAUUUUGUUCUUUAUAAAACUAUCUUAUAACUGUCCCUACUACUUGUUUCCUGUAAUAAAUUCUUAACUGUA